AUGUCAGAUAACAUGAGUCAUGAACUUAAUGAUAUUGACGUAAAAAAUGAAGAAGAUUUAGGUGUCAAAUAUGCAAAUCGUUGUGAAGUGUGCAAAAUAUUAGCUACUGAAUUGCAAGGAAGAUUAGAAGAAACUGGUAAAAUUCACGAUGUAAUUGAAAUUGGAUACUCGUUAGAUGACGUAAAACCUAAAAAGAAGACGAAAUAUGAAAAGUCGGAACUGCGGCUUAUAGAAUCCUUAGAAGGUGUAUGCGACAAAAUUUUAGAGUAUAAUAUACAUAAAGAACGCCAGGACAGUACAAGAUUUGCUAAAGGUAUGAGUCAAACGUUUAAGACUCUUCAUGGACUUGUGGAUAAAGGUGUGAAGGUUGAUUUAGGUAUCCCUCUAGAACUUUGGGAUAAGCCAUCUGCAGAAAUAACACAGAUGAAAACCCAGUGUGAAAGUCUCUUAGAGGAAAAUGAAAUGGCAAUUGAAGAUUGGUAUUGGAAUUUUCAAGGAAAAAUAGAUUUAAAACAUCAUUUGUGUACAAAACAUGCUUUGAAAAAUACAGACAACUCUUGUCUAUUUGAGGAGUUUAAAGGUGACACAAGCGUACGAGAAGAUUUG